GAAAAGUCUUUCAAAAAUCGUAUGCAAAAAAAUUUUUGGCUUGCAAAGCAAACUAUGAUAGAGAAAUUGGGUAAAGAACAAGAUGAACAUGUUGUGGCGAGUGACUUAGAAUUGGAUCAAACUUUAGAGGCAAUUUCCAUAAUUGAACAAUUUCAGAUUUACAAGCAGUUAAGUGUAACAUCAACUCAGUUAUUGAAGGCUGUUGAGAGGUAUCAAAAUGCUCUCAGAGAAUUGUCCAGUGAUGAAGGCGAAUUGGCUCGUUUUAUUCAAGAACAUGGAGCAAACGAUAAGACUCGAGCUGGUAAAAUGAUGCGAGUUGUUGGGAAAUCGUUGGGAUUUACCGGCCAACAAAGACUCCUUGUUCGGGGCUCCUUAGUAAGAUUACUACAAGAAGUAGGAACUUUUCGCCAGCGUGCUCUAUCAGAUUGUGCUUUAACGAUCCAGCGUAUGCAGACUGCACGUACGGAAUAUCGAGCUGCUUUAUUAUGGCUGAAAGACGCUUCUCAGGAUCUUGAUCCGGAUGUGAAUAAAAGAUUGGACAAAUUUCGUAAGAUUCAAACAAUUGUAAAGAGAAGUCAUGAGAAAUUUCGUAGUUUAAAAUUCGAUGCUUGUCAGAAAAUUGAGUUAUUAAAUGCCAGUCGAGCCAAUUUAUUUUCGCAAACAUUGGCUCCUUAUCAACAGCAAAUAAUGAAAUUUUGGAAGAUUUCAAAUCGUAGUAUGAGUGGCAUAGCAGAUUCAUUCCGUGGAUACCAACAUUAUGAAUACCGAGUUCUAAAGGAGUUACAAGAGCCACUACCAGAGGAUCUAAAUGAAAAUGAUGAGGACAGAUUAGGUGAAAUUCAGGAAGAUGACCAAAAUCUUCCAGGUAAAGAAGAGGCACAAGGAGAAAAUGAUGAGGCAUUAAAUCGAAAUGUUGAUGAAAUGUCGGCAAAUAUGGCAUCUUUGAUUUCUUUUGAUGAGAACAGAAAUACAGAAUACCAAUAUGAUACUGAACUUCCCGAUUCAAGAUCAGAUGAUGAUCCAUUAAUAGGGACGGAAGAGAUUCCUUCUGCUUACAUUGAUAUGCUUUCAGCACAAGAGACUUCUGAGAAUGAAGCGUCUAUGAACGAUUUUCAAAAGCAGUGGCAAACUGUUUUUGGUUCAACAGAAGCUAAUCCACAAUCGGAAUAUUCUUCUGAAUUGACCAACUUACUCGGAAGUCAAACUAGUGGCACUACCUCUUGGAUGCCAUCGAAUCUAUUAGAUGAGUCAACAACGCCAGCAACAGGAAAGAAAUCUAAUGUUGCAAAAGGUGACUCUUCAAAGUUAGCUUCUUGGUUUAAUUUAUUUGCAGACUUAGAUCCUUUGUCCAAUCCUGAUUCAAUUGGC